AUGGUUUCGUUACUCCACGUAACAUACUGGACGCCAUUCGAUGACAGGGACUAUUUUUGGGGGCGAGCACUGCUGCGCCAACGAGGACUAGCAGCAAUACUGGAGCUUAAUCGAACGCCAAAAAGCUGGUCACCUCCGAAGCAAAUUACACCUGUGGAACCAAUUCAAAAGAAGAAUCCAAGGGAGAGCCUACGCAUCCUACUCUCUUCCCCGCGUGUGGGGUGGGUUGGGAUGAAUGUAAAGGGUCAAUUGGAUGAGGAACACAAACGGGGGCUCGCUGCAGAAGUAUCUGUUGAGGCACGAAGAAGCAAUCGAACGAUACCACGAGAUGAGGUUGAGGAUGAAGACAUGGUCUGA